AUGGACCUCUUCGCCUUCCCAGUCGAGGUUAGGCUUAAGAUUUAUUCACAACUCCUCGUUCACCCUCCACUCAUCAACCUUGAGAAGCGGGAAUACCCCUUGCCAGCACGGCUGUGGCUAGGAGAAAGUAUCGACCUGUGUCCUGCCCUUCUUCGCACCAGUAAGCAAGUUUACGACGAAGCCGUCCCCCUUCUUUACUCCGACAAUUGUUUUCACUUUCCAGAGGAGGACAAAGCGACGACAGGAUACGCCACAGGCACUACCCUCGCCUUCUUCCUUGGGCAGAUCGGGCUCCUAGCAAGACUCCUUCGCCACGUCUGUAUUACACUUCCUGACCGAUCUUCUUUGUUGGAUACUCAGCUUGAUGAAGACGAUGUUAAGGACCUGGACCUCAUACGAGAUGUCUGUGUCGGCAUAACCACACUGAAGUUAUCCCUUCCAUUCACCAGUGGCUUCCCUGUCUCCACGGCCUCGUUGGAUCUGAUCGACAUCCGGCUUAAGGCUCUUCCGCUGCUGCGAAAUGUGAUAGUCGAUGUGAGAUGGUACGGCGGGGAAUCAGUGGAGGCGAGUGACGACGAAGCGGGGGAUCUCGGCGGUGUCGACGACUGGGAUCAUCCAGAGGGUUGUCUAGCGGCAAAGCUACGCGAACGCAGAUGGACGGUCCAGGUCACCAAAGUCCCUCCGGUGAAGGAGGUCUGGACCGAUCCUGAUGGCAUGGUCGAGUUCGACAACGAAGACGAAUACCAUUAUUAUAUGGAUAACAUAUGGAGCCGGCACGAAUGGGAGCGGGAGCAGGAGGAGGAAGCUGAAUAUUACUAUCAGAGGCGAUUGGCAGGAUAUGAUAAGGGUUACGCAGACGACGGGGGCCCUCCGUGGUAUGUAACAAGCCCACUCCUCCCAUUGUAA